UCUUCGCUCAAAACAAGAGAGGAGACCAAAGAGGAACAAUUGCCGAAACGACGAGGAGUAGAACGGGUGAGAAGAGGACUUGAGUCAACAUCAACCGCCAGAUCCCGAUCGGAUGGCGCGGGUCGCAGCCAGCUGUGUUGCCCUGCUGGCACAAAGGAGAGGAUUGUCCGCGGCGAUAACCGCGGCGGAAGGAUCCGCCAAGACCAUCGACGACAAGGCGGUGAAGCUCGGCACGGCGGCGAAGGACGUCGCGACGGCGACGGCGACCACGACGGAGGAGAAGACGGCGUUCUGGGAGCCGGACCCGGACACCGGCUACUACCGGCCGGUGACCGGCACCAAGGAGGUGGACGCCGCCGACCUCCGCGCCGAGAUGCUGAAGCAGAGGAUGCUCCAUGACUGAUGCAGAAUGGGGGGUUUACCCGUCCUUUGAGAUUCGUGCCGACGGUAUGCGUAUGUAUGGGCCGUUGGAUGCGACCCCGGUUCGUCUGUGAAAAAAAAAUUGUGCACGUUGUACCAGUAUACUAACACCCAAUUUCAUGCAUUUUGCAUGGCUUAGUUGUUACCUGACACAAUACAGAUUUCAUCCAAAAAAAAAUAUAUAUAUUACAUAAUUUAACUGCUCACAAGCAGGAUUUAUAUA